CUGACACCUGAGUUCCACCCUGCACACAUUCUUACUCUGAUUUUGCCCCUUGGAGAGUGUGAGCACUUAGCUCGCAGCUCAGAGUGCGGCUCUGGAUCAGUGGGGCGACAGCUUUUGGGCAUUCUCCUGCUGGGCUUCCUCUGAGCCAGGGACACCUGUACUAGCCACUGUCUGUGGCCUGACUCACCCUGUCUGAGAAGAUAAAAAAAGAGCCUUGAGGACGUACAUACUACUGCCUACCCAGGCUAAAGACAUGUCAACAAUCGGGAGCUUUGAAGGGUUCCAGCCAGUGUCUCUGAAGCAAGAGGGAGAUGACCAACCCUCCGAGACUGACCACUUGUCCACGAAUGUGGGAGACUCAGGCAAGAAACCAGGACCAAGGCAGAUUUCAAGACAACCAAGUGUGACUAAAUCGACCCUUUACCCUAAUCCUUAUCACCAGCCCUAUGCUUCGCGCAAGUACUUUGCUACACGGCCAGGGGCCAUUGAGACUGCAGUGGACGACUUGAGAGGCCACAUAAAACAGACUUCUGGAGAGACCAUUCAAGGCUUCUGGCUCCUGACCGAGAUUGACCACUGGAACAACGAGAAGGAGAAGGUCCUGCUGCUCACGGACAAGACCCUCUUGAUCUGCAAAUAUGACUUCAUCAUGCUUAGCUGUGUGCAGAUGCAGCAGAUCCCCCUGAGUGCCAUCUGUCGCCUCUGCCUGGGCAAGUUUGUCUUCCCGGGGAUGUCUCUGGACAAGAGACCAGGAGAAGGCCUUAGGAUUUGCUGGGGGAGCACUGAGGGGCAGUCUCUAUUGUCACGCUGGAACCCAUGGUCCACUGAGGUUCCCUAUGCUACCUUCACUGAGCACCCAAUGAAGUACACCAAUGAGAAGUUCCUUGAGAUUUGCAAGUUGUCCGGGUUCACAUCGAAGCUUGUUCCAGCUAUCGAGAAUGCUCGCAAGGAUUCUGCUGGGUCUGGAGGAGGAAAGGAAUUCAUGGUGUUAACCCAACCUAUCCUGAUUGAAACCUACACAGGGCUCAUGUCAUUCAUUGGAAACCGGAACAAACUUGGCUAUUCGCUUGCUCGGGGGAGUAUUGGCUUUUGAGCCUCUUUGUUACAAAGCACAUCAUCUGUAGAUAACGGAUGUGUUUAAAUUAACUACUUUUUUUGGAUUACAGUAGUUACUUUAAAAUAAUAUUUAAAGGACUGACUUGUUAGUGUUUUAGGUAGUCUAAAAGCUUGAUUAGACUGGUAGACAUUUAAAGUCUCAUAUGAGAGAAAUCAAAUUUCUGUAAAACCAGACUAAAUACUUUACAUUAAAUACUCCUAAUGUAAAACCUCUAGACAGAAUCCAUUAUGCAACUUAAAUUUAAAUUUGCUAAAA